GGCCCCUGGCGGGCCUCAGGGGAAGGGGAAGGGGAAGCGGAGGUGUUGACUACGUCGUCGUCGUCCAAGACGGCGGCGGGUGGAGCCUGCAGGGCCUCGAGGGUGAACCGGCCGCUCCGUCCCAACAGGCCCGAGGAACCUGAGCCAGUCCCCGCGGGGCCGACGUGGGCACGGGGCCCCCGGGCAGCCUCCGACGUCCCUCGUCAUCCCGGAAGGCGGUUGCCGACUUUGCAGGAUGAUCAGUUUUUGUCCACAGUGUGGCUGUAAAGUUGAGCCAACUUUUUGCUUCUGCCCAUCCUGUGGAAACAAGUUACCAGUAGAAGAUGGUAGCCAGACUGGGUCCCCUGCCAAAGGGCCUGUGCCACAUGCUAAAGGGGCAAAGCAGGAGGCGACCUGUGGGAAGACAAAACAGUCACCCCCCAAGGGAGUGACUUCCAGCCCCUCCCGACAGAGCCCAGCACCCAAGGGCUUGCCGAGCCCCUCGGCCAAGUCCCGGGUGUCAAAGAGCAGCCCAAGGGCCAGCCAGCGAAGGAAAGCUGCCUGCCUGCCUCCCUUGUCCAUAUUCGAAAUCGUAGAGGACAAGAAUGAGCACCGCUGGAAGCUGCUGAAGCUGGUGUCUCAGGGGGACAAUGGGAUGUUUUAUGAAGCCCAGUCAGUGUCCGGAGCUUACUCGCAGAAGGAACAGUUCUCCCUCAAGCUCGACAGCAAGGACAGCCGGCUGUACAAUGAGCAGAACUUCCUGCAGCGAGCUGCCCAGAAAACCGCAGUGGCCAAGUGGAAGAAGCUCCACUUGGUGCCCUUGCUGGGCAUCCCGCAUUGCGUCGGCCUGGGGCUCCACGAGGGCAAGUACAGGUUCCUGGUGUUCCCCAGCUUGGGGCGAAGCCUGCAGUCGGCCAUGGAGGACCUCGGGAGCCCCGUGCUCACCGAGAAAACAGCUUACCAAGUGUCCUGCAGAUUGUUGGAUGCCCUGGAAUUCAUCCACGAGAACGAGUACGUACACGGGGACAUCUCCGCCGACAACGUGUUCGUGAGCCCCGCCGACCCCACCCAGGUCACCCUGGCCGGCUACUACUACGCCUAUCGCUACUGCCCCGGCGGGAGGCACGUGAGAUACCAGGAAGGCAGCCGGACCCCCCACGAGGGCACCGUUGAGUUCAUCAGCCUGGAUGCCCACAAGGGAGUCGGGCCCUCCCGCCGCAGUGACCUGGAGAACCUGGGCUACUGCCUGCUCAAGUGGUUGAGCGGGUUGCUGCCCUGGAGCAGCCAACUGGAAAAUGCCCCGGUGGUCAUGGGACAAAAAGAAAGGUUCAGAACCAACGUGCCUGGUCUCCUGAAGGGUUGUUUCUGCCAGAAGGCCUUCUCAGACAGCCUGCAGCUGUUCCUGGAGAGCGUGAUGGGGCUGCAGUACGAGGAGAAACCGAACUAUUCGCUGCUGAGAGAGACGCUAGGGACACCCCUCAAGAAGCUCAGAGCCUCGGCCUACGACCCUGUGGACCUCCACAUGGUCCCGUAGGCUCCUCCGCUCCCCAGCUGGAAAAAAUGUGAAGUCGUCAUCCCCAAGCCCCGACCGUCCUGCUCUGGUCCACCCAUAAAUGAGACUGCUGGGGACCUUGCCGAAUGUUUCGGGGUUAAAUGUCUUUUUAAAGGAGUUUUAGAGACGCUUAUCGCUGUGAUUCCAAACCCUCCGCCCGCAGCUCUGGCAGGGAAGCCGGGAAGUCCAUCGGCCCCACGGCCGCGGGGGACGGGCGCGAGACGGUGGGCGGUGGGAGCGGGCGCUACUCGGGGAGACGGGGCGGCUUUGGGGAUUUUCAGGGGAGGCUGUGCCGGGCCCGUCGUCCACUCUCAGAAACCAUCGCGAAUCCCCAGCAGUGGCCUGACCCUCGCCCCACACCUGCCCAGAAUUGGGCCGACCCCGCCCUGCGGCCCGGGGUAGCUGGGCACUCCGUCCCCUCCCUCCAGGUGCAUAGAAACUGGGCCUUUAGGGUUUUUUUGUGGGUUUUUUUUAAUAAACUGCUAUACACACAG